AUGAUAGAUCAAUUAACCUUAAACGACGGUGUGCAGUUCUUAACUAUCGGUAUAACGCAGAACUCGGUCAUUCUACUGUGCAUAUCUGUUACACUAAAAAUGACGCAGUUACUAUUUAAUGUAUUAAUUCUAACAAUUGCAAGUAUAAGCUUCGGUGUUGAAUUGGAAGAGCAGUACAAAUGGGAAUAUAUCGAUUACGUAUGGAAAAACUCAAGGCACAAGCAGAAUGCGGUGAAAAUUGGCUAUUAUAAAAUUAGUAAGAACGUUUUAUAUGAUGCAGAUAUAGCACCAGAUGGUAGAAUAUUUGUUACUGUGGUAAGACAGAGGGGAGUACCAGCUAGUUUAACGACAAUAAAUAAGAUAGUAGAACGAGGUGGUCCACUUCUGUCUCCUUAUCCAGAUUGGACAUGGCACAAAUUCAAUAAGACUAAUUGCGGUUGUGAUACUAUUACAAGUGUAUACCGAAUAUCCAUCAAAUGCAAUCGCCUUUUCGUUCUGGAUUGUGGCGCAGUCGGGGAAGAGAAAAUUUGUCCUCCGAAACUAUUGAUCUUCAAUUUAAAAAACGAUAUGCUCGAGAAAUGUCUCGUCAUCCCACCUGACAUCGCUAGUAACAAAAAUGGCACUGGAUUGCUCGUGACACCACUUCCUUAUGUUCGAGAUUGCAAUUACAUAAACGAUGCAACCGUGUUUAUGGCUGGCACUGAAGGUUACGGUUUGGUGAUAUACAACAAAAAUUUAGGCUUCUACAGAAUUGAAUCUGAUUUUAUGAAUGCAACUGAUCCCACCAUAGAAGGUCAGAGUUUUUAUUCGAAGGACAGUAGUCUCAGCUUAACAAUUAUUAAUAAAUAUUUAUACUAUGCUUCUUUAGCGGGACGCAAGAUAUUUAAGAUAGAUAUUAGUAAUCCACAAAAAUUUUCAAAACUAACCAGAAACGAGACUAAUAGUUUAACUAAAUUGGUGGGUACCUUAUCUGGCCAAACGGGACCGAUAGCAUCCGCACAACACGCACUAUUUUUCAGCAACAUCCCGAAAACGUCAAUUUUGUGUACGAACACUAAGAAGAAAUUUAAUACAGAAAUUGUCGCACAAGAUGCCGAAAAAUUGCAAUUUCUAAGUGGGAUGAAAGUUACAUGGUGUGGAAGAAAACUACUAAUCGUAACAAACCAUCUGCAACAUAUUACAUUAGAUCUACAUAAUACAUCAUUUCCAAACAAAAAAACAAACUUCCGUAUUCUCACCAUAGAUAUAGAGCAAAUACGGCAGGAAACAAAUUGUUUUUCUUCUUACAAUAGCACUUAUCAUAGUCUUGUAUUUUUUCCUUUUAUACCUUGGUUUUUUUAUAUACCUUGGUUUUCUGUUUUCAUUGAAAAAUAA